AUGGCGUACACAGAAAGGGGAUCUGCUAACCCUAGAAAAUCUGAUUGCGAAGGGAACGGAGGGACAAGGCCGAAUCGUGGACUUUUGACUGAGAAGGGUUGGGUUGUUGCCCAAAUUCCCCCUAGGGUGGAUUUGAGCCCUACCCCAUCAGAACCUAAAAAUGACCACAAUCUAAGCAAGAAAAACAACCUAAACCAGCCCUACAAGGAGAAACAAGCAAAAGCGAGUAGAAACAGUAACGCAAAGAGACGAAAGAAGAAGGAAGCCUCUGGAUUUAAGAAACAAAAAAGAAAAGAGAAGGACCCACAUGCUGCCCCGAGUUCCAAUUACUGCCGCAACCCCGAAUCUGGCCGAUGCGCUACCCCGAGGUCCGACCACCACCGCUGCCCCGAGGUUCGACCACCGCCGCUGCCCGAUUCUUAUUGCGACGGACCCGCCCGCAGCGGAGGCGCUGCCGGAGCUUCCGGCCACCGUGAAAUGAAGAGAAUGGUCGAGGAAGAGAAUCAUCACAACCCCGAAGCCUGA